UUCACUAGCCAGUUGAUCAUGUCGAUCCAAGAAAGAAGUCGGCCUUAUAAGUACAACCCCUUGCCAUCAACUGGAACGACAACCAGUAUAUGAUCCCCCGCAGGCCCGCACACAAAAAAAAACCCAGUAUAUGAUCAAAUAGCUAUAGCGUGCAUACGUGUACAUACACACGUGUGUACACGUACGGUGCUGUGCACAAGCGAAGGCGGCCAUGAAGGGUCUUGUGCUUCUCGGCCUUGCGGUGGUGGCGCUCGCCGCCGGUGCAGGCGUCGCCCAGCCGGUGGUGCCGGCUGUGUUCGUGCUGGGGGACUCGACGCUGGACGUGGGAAACAACAACUACCUGCCCGGGGAGGACGUACCCAGGGCCAACGUGCCUUUCUAUGGCAUCGAUUUCCCCGGCGCCGCCAAGCCCACCGGACGGUUCAGCAACGGCUACAACAUCGCGGACUACAUCGCUAAGAAUCUGGGGUUCGAGAGAAGCCCUUUGGCCUAUCUGGUGCUCAAAUCGCGCAAUUACCUCAUCCCUAGCGCUCUGACGAGAGGCGUAAGCUACGCUUCGGCUGGAGCGGGGAUCCUAGACUCAACGAAUGCGGGGAACAACAUUCCGCUGUCAAAGCAGGUGCGCUACUUUGCGUCAACCAAGGCGGAGAUGGAGGCUGCUUGGGGAACCCGCAAGGUCUCCAUGCUCCUAGCCAAGUCUUUCUUCCUCCUUGGCAUUGGCAGCAACGAUCUAUUCCAAACCAACCCAAAGUCCCCAGCUGAAGUCGCCGCGCUCUAUGCCACCCUCGUCUCCAACUACUCUACUGCCAUCACUGAUCUGUAUGGGUUGGGGGCGAGGAAGUUCGGGAUCAUCAACGUGGGCCCAGUGGGGUGCGUGCCACGGGUGCGUAUACUGAAUGUGACAGGGGCGUGCAACGACGCCCUGAACCUCUAUGCUGCUGGUUUGGCCGCUGCAGUGAAGUCGGCGCUAACCACCCUCGCGCCAAAGCUCCCCGGUUUCGCCUACUCCCUUGCUGACUCCUUUGCGGCCUCACAGGCCAUCUUCUCCAACCCGCAGUCAAUCGGGUUCGUGAGCUCGGACAGUGCGUGUUGCGGGAGCGGAAGGCUAGGCGCAGAGGGUCCAUGCAUCAAGAAUGCCACGUUGUGCGGCAACCGAGACACGUACUUUUUUUGGGACUCAGUCCACUCCACACAGCGGGCUGCGGAGCUAGGGGCCGACGGAGUGUUCAAUGGCCCGGCCCAGCUUACCACGCCCAUCAGCUUCAAGCAGUUAGCCUACAAUAUAUAAUAAUUUAUUUCCUUCUAAAGCAAGAGAUGAUAAUUUCCUUGAUGAAAAGAUAAAUGAUACGAGACGAUUGAUUUACAAAUAUAUUGUCUUUGGCGUGUUGUAGUGUUGUUGUUUUUGUUGUUGUUCAGGUAUCAAUAAAGUUGACCUCCUCUAAAAAAAAGCAAUAUGUGUGAGCUGACUCUUUCCACGCUAUGUUAUUUUAUUUCUUAAAUUUAUCUUCA